UUCCCGCCCCUCCGCUCCCGAAGCUGUGGUCCGCCGCCAUCUUGGCACAUCAGGUUGAGGGAAAGAGCCAAACGCUGGCUUUGGGGAGCCCAAGCAGGGAGUCCCUCCCGCGGUACACAGCGAGGCCUGCCCAUACCACUUCCCCUCCCCGCUCUGGUACUGGGCUUUGAGGCCUGCAGAGGCCGGCCUGGUUCUUGUCGGGCCCGGGGAGGAGGGGCGGGUGGGGCAGCCGCUGCCUCCCCGGGACGGGCAGUACCAUCCAGGCGCGGAGGACAGGGUCCCUAGUAACGGGGUGCGGAGCGGGCGGGCCGACUACCUGGGGCGGGGCGGGGCGGGGCGGGCGGGGGAGGGCGGGGCGUGGGGCGGACUGAACCACCCGGGCGGGGUGGGGAGGUAACGGGACGGGCGCGACCAUGGCGCGGUGAGGGAGCGGGGGUGGGGAUCGGUAAGGGGGAGGCCUGGGGCCGCUGGCUUGUGCGCUGUCUCCGCCGCCCCCCCUUUCGCCGCCGCCGCCGCCGCCCCGGGCAUGUCGUCCAACUGCACCAGCACCACGGCGGUGGCGGUGGCGCCGCUCAGCGCCAGCAAGACCAAGACCAAGAAGAAGCAUUUCGUGUGCCAGAAAGUGAAGCUAUUCCGGGCCAGCGAGCCGAUCCUCAGCGUCCUGAUGUGGGGGGUGAACCACACGAUCAAUGAGCUGAGCAAUGUCCCAGUCCCUGUCAUGCUAAUGCCUGACGACUUCAAAGCCUACAGCAAGAUCAAGGUGGACAAUCAUCUCUUCAAUAAGGAGAACCUCCCCAGCCGCUUUAAGUUUAAGGAGUACUGCCCCAUGGUGUUCCGAAAUCUUCGAGAGAGGUUUGGGAUUGAUGAUCAGGAUUACCAGAAUUCAGUGACGCGAAGCGCCCCCAUCAACAGUGACAGCCAGGGCCGGUGUGGCACGCGUUUCCUCACCACCUACGACCGGCGCUUUGUCAUCAAGACUGUGUCCAGUGAGGAUGUGGCUGAGAUGCACAACAUCUUAAAGAAAUAUCACCAGUUUAUAGUGGAAUGUCAUGGCAACACCCUUUUGCCACAGUUCCUGGGCAUGUACCGCCUGACUGUGGAUGGUGUGGAAACCUACAUGGUAGUUACCAGGAAUGUGUUCAGCCAUCGACUCAAUGUACAUCGCAAGUAUGACCUCAAGGGUUCUACUGUUGCCAGAGAAGCAAGCGACAAAGAGAAGGCUAAAGACUUACCAACCUUCAAAGACAAUGACUUCCUCAAUGAAGGGCAGAAGCUACAUGUGGGAGAGGAUAGUAAAAAGAACUUCCUGGAGAAGCUGAAGCGGGAUGUAGAGUUCUUGGCCCAGCUGAAGAUCAUGGACUAUAGCCUGCUAGUGGGCAUCCAUGAUGUGGACCGAGCCGAGCAGGAGGAGAUGGAGGUGGAGGAGCGGGCAGAGGACGAGGAGUGUGAGAAUGAUGGGGUGGGUGGCAACCUGCUCUGUUCUUACGGCACGCCUCCGGAUAGUCCUGGCAAUCUCCUCAGCUUCCCUCGGUUCUUUGGUCCUGGGGAAUUCGACCCUUCUGUUGAUGUCUAUGCCAUGAAAAGCCAUGAAAGUGCACCCAAGAAGGAGGUCUAUUUCAUGGCCAUCAUUGAUAUCCUCACGCCAUAUGACGCUAAGAAGAAAGCUGCACAUGCUGCCAAAACAGUGAAACAUGGGGCAGGGGCCGAGAUCUCAACUGUGAACCCCGAGCAGUACUCCAAACGCUUCAACGAGUUUAUGUCCAACAUUCUGACGUAGUUAUCUUCUACCUUCAGCCAGACCCACAGAGCUGGAUAUGGGGCCAGGGAUCGGGAGAGGGAGAGGGUGCACUGGGGCUAUGGGAGGGUGGGGUGCAGAUAGGGGGGUUGGGAGAGAGCUUUAGCAAUCAUACUACACCCUGUGACACUGAAAGAGACUAACUGGGGAGGAGGGGGAUGGCUCACAGGAUGUACCCUCACCUUCUGCUUACCCUUUAUUUUUUUUUCACCACAUUUGACCCCUGUUAAAAAGGGAUUCCCCUUUUGGUACCUUGUAACCUUUUUAAGAUACCUUUGGGUAGAUAUGAUUUUGUGGGUUUAUUUGGGCUUUCUUUCUGAAAUUUCAUUGCUCCAGGUUUGUUAUUUAAAAUAACGUAUGUCUUCACCCUAUCCACCCUACCCACCCCUGCCCAGCCCUCAUUUCCCUUCCAUAAGAGGUACCCGGUAGACCCAGCACACGGGUCCUCUCAGAGCAAGGUGCUCUGAUGACAGAUUGGAGAGAUCAGACGCCUCAGCCCUGCUGCAUUUGAUCUUCUCUGGAUUAACUUUUUAAUUUUAUGGAGUAUUGUGCACAACUUCCUCCACUUUUCAACCUCGGAUCCACGUUGAAAUUAUUCCUCCAUCCUGUCCUCCCAAAGAAGUACUCCAGAUCAUCACCAAGCAUCUCAGAGGGGAGUGAGUUCAUCCUCAUGGGAUGGUGAGGGGGGGAGCUGCUGGGUUCUCGGACAUCUGGUUCUCAGAGAACCCCGUGAUCAUCACCCAAGCCCCAGGUUCACAGCCCCUGGAGUUCAGAUGUCCUCUCUGUAAAGCCUGCCUCCCACUGGGUCAAGAGGAACUAGAAAGUACCUUUGGAUUUACUAGGAUCCUCAUGCUUAAAUGGCUGUCUCCCUUUGGGAAAACGCCAGAAACUGAUGAGUUUCAAAUGAGGUCUUACGCCCUCCAUCCAUUUGCUUCCUUCUGACCUCCUCCCAGGCACCCUCACUCUGGCUGAGCUUUUAGCUCCAAGCACCUGGGGUGCUCUUUGCAGAGAUACCUCUUCAAGCCCCAGGACUCCCGUGUGGGUAAUCUGCCUCCCUGUGCCUGCAGUCUGUCACCUGGACAGUUACAGCCAGCAAGGCAUCCCCUAAUUUGGAGUGUGGCAUCCAAGCCUGAGGUUGCUUCUGAGUCACUUGAGAAUGUGACCUAAGAAAUCCAAUUUGGAGGCUUGAUGUGGGGUUUACUCACUCCACAGGACUUUUCUUAAUUGCCCCCAUCUAGACUGUUAGCACAUCUGCAGUCCACAGGUAUCCUUGGAAGGAGUGGCACCUGGCAACUUCCUUCAGGUUUUCCACUCACCUUCAGAGCCUGCUACCCAGGCCCUCAGAACUGAGCUACAUGUGUCGUUUUGAUGCUGUCAGAGUCUGGUCUGGCUAGGAGAGAAAGUGGUCCUGUUGCUCUGCAUUGGGGGGGGAGGUACAUUACUACAUCUUCUCAGCCACUCACCAGGAACCUGGGAUUUGGGAUGAGAUAUGGUGAGACUUGUAGAUAACCCCAAGGAUGUGAAGAUGUUUUGUGGAACCAUUUUGAAUGGAUAGAUUGGUUUCCUGUGGCUCUCUCCAAACCUGGCCAAGCUCAGCUUCUGGAGUAGGAACCAGCACUAUGUCUGUGCCCUACUCACAGUACAUAGGUUAGGAAGGAAUGGAGAUGGCACACUGAGGAUAUCACUGAGGCUGCUGGAUGGGGUGGGAGCCCUUCUGGUAGGGGCAGAUGGGACUCAAACCACUGCCCUUGCCCCAGCAAGGGGUCACAGGUAGCUCUGAACAACUGUGGGAAGACCACUAAGUGACUUGGGGAACUUGGAAUCUAGUGGCUCAUGGAAACAAAUUUGACUUAGGAAAGGGAAUAUAUAAGGAAUAAUGUCUGGACUUGAUUUCCCCACCUCAUAAUCAAGAAUGAAAAUUUGGAUCUGCUCUUAGUCAGGUCCAGCAUCUCCCAAGCGUGGAAGGCUAUCUUCCUGCAGCCUCCACAGCCUUGGAUGCCCACCGGCUUUUCUGCAUUUGGUCUGCUGAUCAUGUUGCCAUAAUGUGUAUGAAACGUGUAACACAAUCUUAACAGUUAAAGACUACCCUACCAGGUAUCUAACUUGUUUUAACAUUGCGUGUGUGUAUGUAUGUAUGUAUGUGUGACUUGGUUUUUUUUUUUUUUUUGUAUAUUGUUUACAUUUAAGAGGUAGCAUUCUGUUUCAAAUGCUUUUUGUCUUAUGACAGUAUUGUUGAUUGGAUCAAAACAUUUUGAGCUGUGGCUUGGUGGAUUGUAGAUUUUUUUUUAAAUGUCAUUUUCUAUGCUAUCUUCAAAACCUUUGGCUCUCGAAUUCUUUUGGCAUUCAAAUGUUUGAAAGCUAUUUAUCUUGGUUUAUACAAGUUUUCUUUCUCUUGUUUCAUGAUAAAGAUGCUCUAUUUGGUCUGCAGUCUGAAUGUAGAGGAAGUGAACUGAUACCCGAACAAUCAUCUGCCCUAAUGCUUUUCUCCCUGAACCCCACCAUUCCCUUCUGGGCAAUAGAAGGUAUCUGAGGGGAAGUGACCACCCUCAGCCUCACUCCUUGGGGCCAUGCAGGAAAGCUCACCAUUCUUAGGGCAUCCCAGAACAAUUUUUGAUCUCCCAAGAAGAAAAAGAGUAUGAGAAGGAGGACAUUGCUGAUUGGGUGAGGCCAGGAUGAGCAUAAGAACAGGAUUCCUCCCUAUUCCCUCAUUCCCCCACGUAUGGGGCAGCAUCCAGUCUCACCUUCUCCAGUUCCUGCCUCUCUCCUUCCAAAGGUCCACAGCUAAGAAACUAGAGUCUCUGCCCCAAGUGAGGAGUGUCCUAAAAACUCCACUAAGAAGACCACUAGAUGGCCUGUGGCCCUGUUCCUGUUAAUUAACCACUAGGUCUGUGUCCCCCAGCACAAGCUCCUUCCCUGUGCCCUGCAGCUUGGGCGUUACAGGGCACGCCAGGAAGCAGCGGUUCUAGGCACACAGGCUGAAGCAGUGCUCCAUCUUUCCUUAUCUAGCUCAGGGGUCACUGGUCUGUGGCAGGUGUCAUGAGUUGCCCCAGUGCCUGUUCUUAGUGGCACUCUCUAAGUUCCCACCACAGGCAGCUCUUCCUCCUCUCUUCUUACUUCACUUUUUUCUCUUGCCUAUGCUUUAGGCUUGAAUGGAUCUGGUAGUGCUCAGGGUGUGAGACUAGAUUUCUGCCCUGGUGACUUUCCCCUCUAUGGUCUGCCAGGGCCUUGGGAGGUGGACCAAAGACCCAGGACUUUUCUCAGUAGCCAGUCCUACCCCCCGGUUGUCUUUUUACCAAUUCAGGAUGGGAGAAAGAAAAAACUUCAGCAGUCUCCAGCAUUUGAAAUACUCAAGUGUUGGGGGUCAGAAGGGACAGUAUGUUUAAACAACCUUCAGAGCUCUGGCCUUAAACCUGUGGUUCCCCCAAGUCUAGAGACCUCACCUCUUUCUGGUAGUAAUGUGGGCAGGGGCUUCCUCAUACGGAAAACACAUUCAGACAACUGCCCCCGAAUCUACCAGCCAUCUACACAGGGGGCAGUAACAUGGUCCUAGCCCUCCUCUGAGAUGUGCCAUUUAUAGUGCCCCCAAAGGAAAAAGGAGACUCAGCUGUCCUUCAACAGGUUGUGCUGAGAUCCCAGGAAAGAGAAUAGGGAGAAUACACCCACAGGAGUCCCUUGUCCUUGCCCAGAGCCAUUUUGUAAGGAAGUGGGAGCCAAAAAUCUUUAGGGGAAGGCCCAGUGCUGCUCAGCACACCCCGGCAUCAGGUCACAUCAUUGUAAUAAAAAAAUGUGAAUGAUGUUUAGAUUCAACUUUUGGAAAAGCAGGACAAACCAUCCCAUCAUAUGUGUGUGACUUCUCAAUUUCCCAUUUCAAUUUACAUUUUUUAAAUAGGAAUUUUCAACCCCUUGUGCUUGUCUAAUGUCUGCUCUAAACAGUUUGAGACUCUGUUACUGUUUUAAAAUGCAUGCAUGUUAAGAUGAAUCUCCAACCUGAGGAAAAUAAAACUCAAAAAGCUUUGUGUA